GACUUUUGUCAAAUGUUCGACCCAACUCGGUAAUUUGGGUAAUCAUCGUAAAUUUCACGUGAUCUUGGUAUAGGAUUUUAGGAGAGCAUUUCAAUUUUACAGGACACUCUAUUCCCAGCAAGAUGGGCUUUCUGAAGAGCAUCCUCUCGGUUGUAAGUUUUUUGGUUUUAGCCCAAGUUUGCCUGUCCGAAUAUGUCCCCGUUUAUAUGUGGGGUACCCAAAGGACAAGUGAACCUGUUCCUGCCUUACAUAAAGUAAGUUCCAGUUCAUUUAAGGAAGAAGUUGAGCACAGACUAAAAGAAACCCCAAGAAUUGUAAUAUUUGCUGAACAUUCUUUAAGUCCUGAAGACUUAGCACAACGAGACAGACAAGGAAACAAUGCUUACCCAUAUCUUUCAAAGAUUCACAAAUCCUCAAAAGUUACUUACUUUACUUCUGUUCAAAACCCUUUGAAAGCUAUACAACAUGCAGCUGAUGAUGUUGUUACCACUUCUAUUGAAAGACUGAAAGACAAUUUCGAAGUUCCCGAAGGGAAAAUUGUUAUUAUUGAACUAAAUGAUGCUACUGAAAGUGAAAGAAGAUUCGACCUACUGAAGCGCCAUGAUUCUUUUAUUGGUGAAGUAUAUCAAAACCUCUUGAAGAAUAAUGAUGAUAUUUUAGCUUUAUAUACAGCUCAUCAUGCUUCAUGGAUUGGAUCUGGUGAAACUCAUUCAAGGAAAUCCAGGUCCCUUAUGGCUGAAACUGAAACACAAGAUACUGAAAAUGGUACUAUGAACAUAUUAAUGAACAAUUCAUCAAUACUAUUCUAUACAUCUGCAGGCGUUAGUGUUUGGUGUCACAACCAAGAAUUGAAAUUCAACAUGAAUUACACUGCUGAAGAAUUCAGUGGCAAUGACACAAAGAGGGUCCUGCAAGGGACUGGUAUAAAUGGCACAGUAACCCUCAAUAUUACAGCUGAUUUCUAUGAGAGUAAAACUGGUUACUGGUACAUGCAGUUGCUGGAUGUCAUGUAUGGUGAUAAUACUGAUUGUAGCUUCAACAAGACUACAAACUCCUCGGUGUAUGCCCCAAUAGGUUUCUCUUAUGCUUGCAAUAACCAGACAUUUAAAUCAGUUAAUUCUUCUUUGAGUUUUUCACAAUUUCAGGUUGAACCAAGGUAUAACAAUAACUCCUACUGGACCAAACAAAACAAGUUCAAUGAUCCCUACCACUGUGUUGGUUUCACCACCAUCCCAAUUUGGUCUGGUCUGUUUGUCACCUUCAUUUUGUUAUUAAUCAUGAGUUUCGGCCUAACAAUGAUGAUGGACAUUAAAACAAUGGAUAGGUUUGAUGAUGCUAAAGGCAAAACCAUUACCAUCAAUGCUUCCGAGUAAAAUGUCAAACUUCGAAAAAAAAUCGGUUUCGCAGUAUUCGGAACCGCAGUAUUAAAGGUCUCCUACAAAAUCUUACUGUUAACUAAAUUGGCAUUGUUUUUGGUCCGUUUGGUUGAUAUAAAUGCUCAAUGUUGUGUUAAUGCCAAUUUUAAUAAUCCUAAAGUUGUUUCAAUCAAGGACCGCCAAGGAGAAAGCCUUCCUUUAUUAUAUAAAAUAUUUAAGGGCGACCAGCUCUUGUGAUACCUAUAAAGCUUUCUUAAUUGUGCGUCACCCUUAACUUUGAUCAGGCGCUAAAUAGGGCCUAACUGCCUUUAUACUUAGAAACUAUUUCCUUUCUAUAUCCCCUGGACUCUUGUUAACCCCCCCUAUUCCAAUAUUUAUAUUGUAAAGAUGUAAUCAAUGUUGUCCAAACAGGUAUGGUUUUCUCUUAAAUAAAAAUAUUUGUAGUAAGUGUAGUUAAAAAUUAUACUGUUUGGACAGUCAAGCACAGUUCUUAUUAGAUGUUAAAUGUUCUCAUAGUUAGAAAUAAAUCUCGAUGUGCUCUUAAAGAUCAUUUGUUUGGUCAACAACAUAAUAUUAAACGAAUUAAUUUGUCCAGAAGAUUUAGAAAUCAAAUUUAUUAUACACCUUUUAUGACAAUAGAAUUUUUAUUAUAUUUUGGAACUAUAUUAACUAGAAACUGUUGGUAUAGUAGUAGAACAAUAAUUGUUACAUCCGUAGUCUUGACGUUGUUAAAAAUGUAGUCUAUUUUGUGCUUUAGGCCUAUUUUUACACUGUAGGUCUGCACGUAAAAAAAACAACUUAUUUUAUAGAAAAAUGUAUCCAAUGUGUUAUUUUGUAUAUAUUUAGUCCUGUUAUAAAAAAAAAAUGUUAUAUUUUCAAGUGCCCUUAUUUCAGUUCCAUUCCGGUACUUUUAGAGCUUUAUUCCAUUUUAUUCUUUUUAGUUUAUUAUCAUCUAACACUAAGUAUUUGUAGAUUGUUCUAUAGGAAAGUUGAUCGUAUGGAGGUGAAGGUUUCUUUUAUUUGUACAAAAAAAACUCAGUUACGCCAUUAUUUGUAAAUUCAUGUAGAUUGGUUCAAAUUAGGUUUGUUUGCCAAACAAUUGUAGUGUUCUGUGUCAUACAAUAAAAAUAUCUGACAAAACUUG